CACCGUCACACGGCUCCAGUGUGCGCAGACUGUGAACUGUGAGAGGUGGACUACGGUUCGGCUGUCUGCUCUGACCAUGCAGGGACAGGAUGGGCGAAGAGGCAAGAGUUUCUCCGCUCAAGAACUUCGUGGCUGGAGGAGUCGGUGGAGCCUGUCUGCUGCUGGCCGGACACCCUCUGGACACCAUCAAGGUGAGACUGCAGACACAGCCCAAAGCUGCUCAGUAUGUGAUCUACACAGGAACGUACGACUGCUUCCGCAAGACCGUGUCCAAAGAGGGCAUCCUUGGUCUCUAUAAAGGGUUGGGGGCUCCCCUGGCCGGCGUGGCUCCCAUGAUGGCCAUCAGCUUCUUUGGCUUUGGUCUGGGAAAACAGCUCCAGCAGACGGAUCCCGACAAACCACUAACAAAGACUCAAAUAUUCCUGUCUGGCUGUCUGGCAGGAGUCUUCACUACUGUGAUUGUAGCUCCAGGAGAAAGGAUCAAAUGUUUACUGCAGGUGCAGUCUAGCGGUGGAGGGUCUAAGUAUGCAGGUCCGCUUGACUGUGCAAUCAGGCUCUAUAAGGAGCAGGGGAUCCGCAGUGUCUACAAAGGAACUUUACUGACUCUCAUCAGAGAUGUGCCUUCUAAUGGUUUGUACUUCCUGACAUAUGAAUGUCUGAAAAACUUCCUGACUCCAGAGGGUCAAAGUGUCUCUCAGCUCAGCACUCCCAACAUCAUCCUAGCUGGUGGAAUAGCGGGAAUAUUAAACUGGACGAUCGCUCUUCCUCCUGACGUCCUCAAGUCCAACUUCCAGACAGCUGCAGAUGGGAAGUACAGAGGUCUGGUUGACGUCCUGAGAUCGCUGCUUCGAGAAGAAGGAGCUAAAGGCCUCUAUAAGGGAUUCAAUGCUGUCUUUCUACGAGCAUUCCCGGCCAAUGCGGCUUGUUUUCUGGGGUUUGAGGUGGCAUUAAAGGGACUGAACACGCUCGCGCCCAGCUGGUGACAGACACCAGUGUGUCAUGAAGAGUCAGUGGCAGCAGCUUCUCUCUUAAAAACAACUCUCUGCUGAGUUACAGCAGAGGUUCUCUGUACCUCAAACAAACAGUCUAGUGAGUGUUUUGUAUCUCUCAAGUCAUGUUUCAGGAAUGUGGAAUGUAAAUGAUUAUUGCAUUCGUAAGUGCAUUCUUACUUUUCCAUUUAAUUUUACAAGGUAAUCUUUUUAAUUCUCAUCUUUUGUGAGAAGCAGUGCCCCUACAAUGCACAUUUAAGAAUGUAUGAUUUUUACGUAUAGUGUAUUUAUUCAAUAUUCUCUCUCUCUCUCUCUAUAUAUAUAUAUAUAUAGAUAGAUAUAUAGAUAGAUAGAUAGAUAGAUAUAUAUAAACCGUGAUGUUUGUAAAAUAAAUAAAUAAAAUCUUUUAACUCACUUUAGUUUUACAUGGUGUAAUCUAGCACUUCCAGAACUACAUAUUGAUUUAUCCGAAGGUAAAUUAAUGUGAUUCGGACAGUGUGUGUUUUAUAAUCUCUGUGAAUAAGUAUUUCAAUAAAAUAUUUUCAGUUUGCUGUA